AUGGAAACAUUAGUUGUUGUUGCUCAUCACAGAAAUCAUCAGUACCAUGGCAGAAGCCGUGGCCAUGGUUCAAUUUCAACAAGGUUUGGGUCAAGUUCACCACCUACGGGUGGUUUUCGAGGAAUUAAUUGUAGGACAUUUCAUUCUGGAGAAGGAUUGCUCUCACCUCCACCGAGUAAAACAAAAUCCCCUGUUACUAAAAAGGCCUUUUGCCCUUCCUUGUCGCCUAAAACUCCUUCCCCAUCUGUUUGUGAAAACCCGAAAAUGCUGAAAAGAAUUGCUAAAAGCGGUUCUAUUCCAAUACCUAUGGAUAUCAAUUAUGAGAGCAGGGAUGAGGGGUUUCAAUUUUCCGAGCUCUGGGCUGGACCUGCUUAUUCGAAUUCGCCACCCCCAAGUUGUUUGCCAGUGCCUAAGUUCACACUGAAGCCUAAACGAACUAUUUCCCUUGACUUGCCGACUGUGACAUCAGAAAUUGAUUUGCCUCCUCUCUCUCAUUCUGCACCUGCGUCCCCUAGGGAGCGCAGUCCUUCUCCGAGUGAUUUGUUUGGCAUUGCUGAUUCUGCGACGAAGACCCUGCGCCGCAUGCUUAAUCUUGAUAUUGAUGAUGAAUGA